AACCAUUUCACAGCGAUUUUUCCUCUCCACCAUCCGAACCUUCCUCUCCUGACCCAACGCGCGCGGCUAUAAACCCUCCGAUCCUAUAGUGCCACACGGCUGUGCCCUAGAGUAGUAGAGAGCCACCGCCGACGCCUCACACUUAUAACCCCUUCGCCGGCGUCUCACACGCGUCCAUUCCAGUCCAGUGGUCUCUUGCACAUUCUGGUUUUUUGAGGGGGGCGAGGACGGGCGCUCGGAUCCAAUCCAUGUCCAGGUCUGGUGAGCGGCAAUGGAGCCUGCGGAGUUAGCCAAGAUCAUCUUCUCCAAGGUGCAGAGCGUGGAUCCGGACAACGUGUGCAAGAUCGUGGGAUGCAUCCUGCUGCGCGAGCCCGACGAGAACGAGAUGGUGCACCUCGCCUACGGCACCGAAGCGUCGCUGCACAAUACCAUCCGCGAGGCCAAGAACACGCUCACCGCCAUCUACGCCCGCUGCUCCGCCUCCCCCGUCGUCGGCUACCACCACCAGCAGGUGUGCUCCCACCCUGCCGCCGUCCGUCACUUCUCCCCCGCCGCUGCCGCCGCCUACAGCGUCCAGUACUGGGACUCUCCGCCACAGGCGGCCACGGAGAAGGAGUACGCCUUCGUCGACACCGAAACCCACUACGGGCUGCGCGGCGGUGACCAGCAGCACCCGCUCGUCGACGACCACCUCGACGGCGGUGGGUACUACUUCCCUCAGGACGCGUUCCACAAUGGCGCCGCCGGACCGAGGGCAGCGGCCGGCCGGCGGUCGAACGCGGUGUCGUCCAGACGGCCCUGCCACUACUUCUUCAAGGGCGUCUGCAAGAACGGCCAGAACUGCCACUACUCGCACCACCAGGUGUACUCCCCUGACGGGUCGUUCGCCCUGGACCUCCACGGCGGGACAACGCCAGGAUCCUUAGAGAGGCUGGAGGUGGAGAUCACAGAACUGCUGCACUCGAGGCGGGGGCAGCCGGUGUCCAUCGCCUCGCUGCCCACGCUCUACGGCGAGAAGUACGGCAAGGGCCUCCAGGCCGACGGCUACCUGACCGAGAGCCAGCGGCAUGGCAAGGCUGGAUACAGCCUCACCAAGCUGCUCUCCCGCCUCAACAAGAUCAGGGUCAUAGAAAGGCCGCACGGGCAGCACUCGGUGGUUCUGGCCGAGGACGCCGCCAAGUACACGGAUUGCCGGAGCGACAGGGGAGGUGACUUGCCGGCCAGCUCGCACCAGAUAUACCUCACGUUCCCUUCCGACAGCAACUUCACCGAGGACGACGUCGCCAAUUAUUUUGGGCAGUAUGGUCCAGUGCGUGAUGUGAGGAUCCCAUGCCAAGACCAGCGAAUGUUCGGGUUCGUGAGCUUCCAGAACCCGGAGACGGUGACGGCCCUCCUAAUGCGGCGCAACCCGCAUUUCAUCUGUGGAUCGCGGGUCCUCGCCAAAGCCUACAGGGAGAAAACCAAAUGCAUUAGUGACAGGACCAAUUGCAAUAAGCCGACGAUGCAUUACUAUCCUCCACGCUGGAUUGACACAGAUCCAGACUUCUAUCCAGAGUAUGAUUCUCCAAGGCUGGCGAGGAGGCAACUGGUGGAGAUGAAGCGCGACAGGCAGCUGUUGGAGCUGGAGAGGAGGCACUUCGCUGGGCUCCGUGUAGAGCCGCAGUGCGCCUACUUCGACUGUAACAUCGGGGACGUCGAUCCAUUCACUUCCCAGUCCGCAGGUUCCAAAGAAGUGGAGCGGAUGGAUCCCCUUGACACGCCUGAUCCACUCGAUGAUAUCGUCUCAACAAGCCAGGCCCCUCCCAUACAGGCAACCAACAACUACCAAGACCAAGAAAGUAACCAGAUUGAACUCCUCCCAGAAAGCCCAUUUGCCUCGUCGGCGCCUGCUGGAAAUGGCAUAUAAACAGGCACGCAAGAAAAAUAACCACUCUGGAACUUGGGUUCGUAUUUCAGGUGCCCAUUUAGGCACUUGGUAUCUCUCUUCAGGUCCUAGAAGGGUGAGUACAGACAGCAUUGUACACACAGAAAGCAACAAAGCAACAGUUCUUGUUGUAGAUAGAGAAGCACAGACAGAAGAAAUCUCUCUGCUCUUCUCUUAAUUAGGAGACACGGGAAACAGAGUUUCGACAGGAUACAUCAGCAGGGUGUUCUUUUUACAUACUUUACAAGAGGACACAGGAAAUACAAGUAUUAGCAUGCAAGGUGACGACAGUUUGCAGAAUAGACACGGAUACAGGUGUGUGUAGUCUGACUAAGGAUUAGUGUUUUUAAUGUGUUAUUAUGCUUUAAAAAAUAGCUGUCCUGAAAUAAGACAGAAGAUGAUACGGGUUAUUUAGUGUUCUGCCUUUACUCUGAAAGGGCAUGAAAAUAAAAAGGAACAUUAGCAUGCAGCUUAUCUGCUCUCAAAUUUACGGGUAUACUAUUUAUUGAUACUUACAUCACUCAUUGUAUCACGUUCUAGUUAUAAAGUUAUUUCUCGUAAGUAA